CUCGAGUGUUCUGCAGUUAGGGGUCACUGCCUAACUGGGCGGUUCAUCACCGCAGUACACUUGCGUUGUACAACGAGGCACUCAGUAAAAGUUUAUAGGAUGUGCUUGAUCUUCCUCUGAAGACACUAAUAUAUAUUCCGUGUCCACUGCGGGAACUUCUGAGCAAAGUCCGUGAUAAUGCUUUUCUCGCUGGCUCUACUUCUCAGCCUCCAAGCAGUUCUGCAAAUUAAGCCAACUAAAGCCAAACAUUCCUGUACAAUUAGAUCUGAUGGCCGUGCAGCUGACUGUAAAGGUCUAUGGCUAGACAAUGUGCCUAUAACAACGCUGCCUGACUCUUUGGAAGAGCUCGACUUGUCUUUCAAUAUCAUACAGGUCAUCCGCAAACAAGAAUUUUUCAAACUUAAUCAUCUGCGAGUCCUCAAGCUUAAUUUCAACAACAUCUCUCUGAUUAUGGAUGAUGCCUUUCAUGGAAACCUUCUGCUGGAGGAUCUAAACUUAUUUAAUAACUCUAUGACCGAAAUCCCCUUCAAAGCUCUUGAGUUCCUCACAAAUUUGAAGGUUUUAGAAAUGUCCAAUAAUUUGUACACACAAGUAUCUCUUGGUGCUGCUUUUUUGAAUUUCACCAAGUUGGAAGUGCUGUCCAUUGGUGGACCCCUGGUCAGUAGAUUAGGAAGCCGUGACAAUUAUGUGUUGAAGAACAUCUCACUGAACAAAUUUGCUAUUAAAACUGGUACUGGUUUUAAAAGUUAUGAACCUGGAUAUUUCAGCAACCUCAACACAAAAAACUUGUGGUUCGAUAUAGCUAUUGACAAAGAACCAGAUGUGCUUCCUAAGAUAUUGAAAGAUCUAGCCAACAAGACUUUUGAUGUGCUACGUUUUCGAAACCUUUUUGAAUUUCAGUACUAUACUGGUAAACGGGAUAUUUUUUAUGGCCUGCAGUUUGUAAAGACUCAACGCCUAACAUUCUUUCGAGGUAAAUUCAAUGAGGAAAUUAUGAGGAUGGCUCUGCUAAAUGUGGAAAUCAGUCCAAUCAAAGCCCUGGAACUGCUGUUCAUCGAUUUUGCUCGUUCACUGAAUAAAACGCAGGGAUCCAGUGUGACAAACUUGACCUUGGAACAACUGGUUCUCGCGGACAUCAGUAAUCCAGAUAUAAUGCGCUUCGACUGGAGCUUUACCUGGCUUAAUCAUGUCCGCCAAUUCAUUGUACGGAAUGUAAACUUCAACAGUGUGCCGUGCGACUCGUGGCCGGAGAUGAAAAAUGUUGAGCUUCUGGACAUCUCUAACAACCAGCUGAGGGACAGUUAUAUUUAUAACCCACUAUGUGACACUAGAAACACAUUACACAAGCUCAAAACCUUUAACAUCAGCCGUAAUCGACUUACCAGCCUCAGUGACUUGGCAUCUCUGACUGAGGACUUUGUCAAGCUGACAACAAUUGAUAUGAGUUACAACCAGCUGCAAUAUAUGGGGAAGCGUGUCUGUUACUGGAGACAGACCAUUACCAAAGUAAUCGCUCAUCAUAAUAGUCUGACGAGCGACAGUUUUAAGUGCCUCCCCACUUCUGUAAUCUUCCUCGAUCUUUCAUACAGCAGCCUAGACCAGUUGGACAUGGACUAUUUUAAUAAGGCAUCCAACCUGACAGAGCUUCUCCUCAGCGGCAACAAGAUCAAAUUCAUCCCAUCCGGCUGGAGGAAUCCAUACUUGAGGACACUCGCUUUAGAUGGAAACUCAUUUGGACUUGUUAGCAUGACGUCUUUUAAGGACAUGCCUAGCCUACGUGUCCUGACCGCAGGCAACAACCCUUACCACUGUAUCUGUGAUCUCUACACUUUCAUACAAGAAACCACAAGCAAAAGGAAGGUGACCAUCACAGACUGGCCGAACAACUACAAGUGUUACCACCCUGAGCGUCUGCUCAACACAAUGGUAUCCCAAUACUUCCCUGGUCAUUUAGCCUGUAAUAUUACACUCAUUAUCAUCAUCUCUGUGUCAACAACGGCGGUUGUUGUUCUUGCUAUCACGCUUUUGUGCUACAUUUUCAAUGUUCUAUGGUACAUUAAAGCCACAUACCAGAUCAUCAGAGCCAAAUACAGAGCCCAUAAAGAAGGGUCAGGUCAGACUGUGGACUACACCUUUCAUGCUUUCAUUUCUUACAGCCACCUGGAUGCAGACUGGGUCCGAGACCAGCUGCUCCCUUGUCUAGAGAAUGCUAAGCCUCCUUACCGCCUCUGCAUCCAUGAAAGAGACUUCAUUCCAGGGAAGUGGAUAAUUGACAACAUCAUUGAGAACAUUGAAAAUAGUCGCAAGGUAAUCUUCGUGUUAUCGCGGAGCUUCGUGAACAGCGUGUGGUGCAACUACGAGCUCUACUUCGCCCAACAGCGGGCCAUUGGAAAGACGUUCAGUGAUGUCAUUCUGAUCGUGAAGGAGCCCAUUGAUCCCACUUCUCUUCCCAGCAAAUUCUGCAAGCUCAAAAAGAUGCUCAGUACCAAAACCUACCUAGAGUGGCCCCAGCAACCCACAGAACAGAGCUUUUUCUGGAUCCAGCUGAGGAGUGUUCUGGGCAAACCAAACGUAAUAAGACAGCGCACAACCAGCCAGCGUAGCCGUCUGUCUUCAGUGAGGUCCGUUUCAUUGAUAGAGCUGCCGCAGAACCAGAAUUCUGCAGAUGAAGAUGACCACCAGGUCAGCGAUCAGCCUUCUAAUAGAUGUCAACAAACUUUGAGAGAAAUUGCUUGAAAGACUUAAAUAAGUUUACCUAUAUUCAGAAUAUGGCAUGCAUUAUAGUAACAGUGACUGUUCUGCAAUGAUGUUCAGCCAAGCUUUUGUUUAAACCGGUUUGUUUGACUCAUUGGUGGCAGAAGGACUGGAAAAAGAUUCUGACUCAUAGAUUCAGUCAAUGAGCAAAACAAACAACCAGAUAGAUCUAGACAGUGAUUUAAUGACCUAGUUGCCCGUGGCAUACACAACAACACACAAGCUUACUCUGACAAUCAAUACAGUUCUAUUUACUUUAGUAUGUAAGUAUAUCUACUUAUCUUAAUUAAGGUAAUGAACUGCAAUACUGUUCACUCAUCUGUCUACCUAAACAAGUCAUUAUUUCACUAAAACUGUGUUACUCUUGGCUCAGAAAGUAUACAUUUUAUAUCAGUAUUAUUUAAUUAAAUCAUGUUUUAAGAUUUAAAAUAUUUAAAUUAAUUUGUAAAUACAGACUAUAUUCAGUUUUUAUCCAUCUAUUUUCAUCCCUUUGCCAGAACCUUGAAUGUCUUUAUUUCUUACACCCAUGUCACAUACAUGUAUUUUGCAUCAUAAUGUAUCUGAAUGUGUGAUUAAAAAGGUGAUUCCUUCUUUUUUGGAUUACCGUACAUGGAAUGAUGGGGGAAAAAAAAUAAUGGGGAUGUCAGGAUGAUGAAACGGAUGUUCUUGAUUGAUUCCGUCUGCUGUUAUGAAAUUUUAUGUUGCAUAAUUUCACAAAGCUAAAGUCUGAACAUUGUAUAAUUAACAUUGAAGAAAAAACACAAUCUAAUUUCAAUUAAAAACUGCUCAUGCUGCAUGUAUGCAGCAUCUUUGUUGGGAUUGUGAUUAAAAUGCAGUGGUUGCAUCUAAUUUUAAAUGGCUACAGAUAGUUCAGCCUGUAAUAGAGCAAAUAAACAUCUUGUUCAUGUA